AUGGCUCUACUGAGUCCCUUCGCGCUGCUAUUUGUUUCAGUCGUUUUCAUUGGCCUUCCCCUGGCAAUCCGCCUCGCCAUCGCCGCAUGGUCCUCGCCCCUCAAGCACAUACCAGCGCCAUGGUAUGUCAGCCUCACGCACUGGGUUCUCAAGUACUACACGGUGACAGGCCAGCGCAUGUACUACAUCGACGGGCUCCACCGGCGCUACGGCCCUGUCAUACGCAUCACUCCCAAUGAGGUCUCCGUAGCCGACCCCGACGGCUUCAUCGCCAUACAUCGGAUGGGGUCCGGCUUCGCCAAGGGCAGGUACUACCGGCAGAUCUCCGGAGGUGCAAAGAAUACCGCCAUCUUCACCAUCAGAGAUCCAAAGGAGCACGCUACUCGCCGAAAGCUAUUUGCCCGCGCCUUUACGGUCUCUUCGAUCCGACAGAAUUGCGAGGCUUUGGUGCGUACCAAAGUCGAGAAGGCGACGGAUUGUAUUUGCGCCGAGGCUGAAAAUGGGACCUCCAAUGUUCUUAAGUGGUGGACGCUCAUGGCGAGCGAUGUUGUUGGCCAGCUAUGUUUCGGCGAGUCGUUUGAACUGCUGGAGUCUGGCAAGGAAAAUGGCUUUAUUGAGGUCCUCCAAGCCGCCGCGGCGGCUAGUGCUCGACGCAUAGAGCUGCCCUGGUUACACACUCUAGUCAUCAGACUUCCAUUCUUGUCUUCAAAAUCGGUGCAGCUGAUGAUCAACACCAGAAACGAGAUGAUCAAAUAUAGCAAAAAGGCGGUUGAGAAUCUUCAUCGACACAAGGAUAAUAAAGCCAAUCUGUUCGCCGCGGUCCUGGCCGACUGCGAAACCAACGAAAAGACGCAACUCACUGAUGAGAUUGUCCGGAUCGAAGCCUCGAACAUGCUCAUCGCGGGAUCGGAUACCAUAUCGAACACUCUGGUCUACGUCGUCUGGGCUAUUCUCAAGAGACCCAAACUGCAACAGCGGUUGGAGGAUGAGGUGUGUGGUUUGGGUGAUAACUUCGACGACGUAGUUCUUGAAAAGCUGCCGUUGCUUAACGCUGUCAUUUAUGAGACUUUGCGGCUUUACGGUGCUGCAUCGGGAACGUUCCCAAGAGAAACGCCACCUUCUGGGAUUAACAUUGGGGGCUAUUUCAUCCCUGGUGGUAUCGAUAUAGCGACGCAGGCGUACACCAUGCAUCGUCUUCCAGACGUUUUUCCAGACCCGCUCAAGUUUGAUGAGUCUCGAUUCCUGCCCGGGGCCAUGAGUGACAGACAGAAGCACGUCUUUGCAGCGUUUGGUAACGGUUCGCGCUCAUGCAUCGGAGUAUUUCUGGCGUGGAUGGAGAUGAGAUUGGCGAUUGCUCUACUGUUCCGCAAGUGCCGCGGUCUAAGACUCUCCGAGAACAUGACGGAUGAAAUGAUGCAUCAGGUGAGCUUCUUGGUUUCGAAGCCAGCAGCGAACAGGUGCGAUGUGACCCUCGGGGAGAAGUGA